AUGACAUCAUUUAAUAUAAAGAAUUCUCUUAUUGAAAGAUUAGCAAAGCAGAGUUAUUUAUCUGAUAAUGAUCGACCAGAUUCAGAAGAACGAUCAAGACGAUCAACUAUUGCAGCUUAUCCUUGGAUGAAUAAAUUCAAGCCAUUUAUAUAUGGAGCGAAAAAUGAUGAUGUACCUGAUUGUUACAAUCGAGUUCGUUAUAUUCGAGAUUGUUGUAAAGUAUUGUCUGAUCUUUCUAAAACAGAUAAAGAUUUUUCAAAUAAAAGUGUUGAUAAUGAUCUAUCAAAAUCAUUGAAAGAAUUUCGUUUGAGUGAUGUUGCACGUUGUUAUCGUUCUCCAUAUGGAACAAAUGGUGAUUUAUCGAUUUUAAAUCAAACAAUUGAUGAUUUAAUUCAAAUACAUGAUUUUAUUGAUUCAAAAAGAAAAGAAUGGUUUGAACAAUUUAAAAAAAUAAUUGAACAAGCUAGAGAUAAACAAUCAACUAUUCGUCAAACAAUGACUGAACUAAAAGAUAAUUAUGAAAAAGCUCAACGAAAAUUAGAAACAGCUGAUGCUAAUUUAAAAAAAUUUCAAACACGAUCUGAUCGUUUAACAUUAGCAAAUUUUGAUGAACGUUUACGUGAAUUAGAAGAUAUUCGUUGUGAAUGUGAACAAUCUCGAACAUUAUCACGUGAUUUAUAUGCAACUGAAACAUAUAAAACAGCAAGUGAUGAACAUUCAAUUACAGUUAAACUUUUUUAUCAAUAUUUAUAUGAAGAAAAUCAAUUUUAUAAUAAUAUAUCUCGAUAUUUAUCAUCAAAAAUGCCUGAUAUUGAACAAAGAUUAGAAAAUGAUGAAUUAAUACCAUUAUUUGGUUAUGAUCUUGUAAAACAUUGUUCAAAAAGAAAAGAUACAUUAAUUGCUUAUCCUAUUGAAAUAUCAAUUCGUCUAUUAGAAAAUUGUUUAAAUGAAGAAGGUCUUUUUCGUAUUGCACCAUCACAAGUUAAACAAAAAAAAUUUGUUGCUGAACUUAAUUUACAAACAAUUGAUAGAGGAACAACAUUAAAUGAACUUAAUUAUGAUCCACAUGUUCCUGCAAGUACACUUAAACAAUAUUUAAGAGAACUUCCAGAUUGUUUACUUACAACUGCACUUUUACCACAAUGGAAUGAGAUUAUUUCACUCAGUAGUGAACAAGCUCGUUUACAACGAAUUGGUCAAUUAAUAAAUAAAUUACCUGAAAUAAAUUAUCAGAAUCUUUGUUAUUUGGUUAAUUUCUUAGCUCGUGUUGCUGAAUAUUCAUCAGAAAAUAAGAUGACACCAAGUAAUUUAGCUAUUUGUAUUGGAUGUAGUAUAUUAUAUGGAAAAGAUCAAUCAUAUUCACAAAAUCAAACGAUUUCAAAUUCGUAUACAGCUGCUUCAAUUAUUCUUGAACUAAUGAUUAUUCAUCAUAAACAAUUAUUUAAUAGUUAUUAUCAACAAGAACAAACUUCGAAAUCAUUUAAAUCUCAACCUGAUAUUAUUCCAACUGAAUUUCAUUCCAAAAGUCGAAAUGAUUCAAAUGAAAAUUUGUUAGAUGUUCAAAAUAUCUCUGUCUAUACUCAACCAUCUCCUGGAACACGUCGAAAAAAUAAAGCACCUCGUCCACCUCCAUUAUCUUCAUUUAAUCAACAAACAUCAGUUGAACAAAUAAAUUGUGAAAAUGUUUCAUCUGAUUUAAAUUCGAAUGAUCAAACAUCAAAUGAAUGUUUAACAGAAUCAUCUCCACAAUCUAAUCAAAUCAAGAAAUUAUGCAAAAGAUUUGCAGGAGUGACAAGUUCAUUAAGUUUUAGUCCAACUGAUAAAACUCAUCGACGUACAUCAAGUGAUGGAGCACAACUAGAUCGUCCUGGAGCGCCGCCACCUCUUCCACCAUUAAAUAUUGUUGGUUGUGCACCAAUUGUUCAACCUAGACCAAAACAUUCCUAUCUAUUAUCAAAGACAAAUAAUGAACAAAGAAUUUCUUCAGGAACAGAAGAUAAAACAGUUGAAAAUGAAACAUCAACGGAUUUGUCAACUGAUUCAACAUCGACAACAAAUGAUGGUGUUAAUGUUGGAAAAUUAAUUUCACAAAUAAAUAAUCGAAUGGCUGCUGGAAAAUUACCAAAUACUCAAACAAAUAAUAAUCGAAAUUCUUCUUUUCGAAAUAGCACUUUAUCGUCACCUGGAGAUACAACUGAUUUCUAG